UCGUCAACAAUAACAAAAGGAUUUCUUGUCAAUUUUCGCAUCAGAUCUAAUCGAUUUAGUGAAAGAUAUUUAAUUUGGUCAAAGUUCCCGACUUACCAUCCAAUACAGGUGUUCCGGAAUCGCAAUACCCACCUGGACCAUGGCCUCCAUCUUUGACCAGUAUUCUUCGGCGUUGAUACGGGAAAAUACCAGCGAUGCGGAUCCACCCAAUCGGCCCCCUUCCUCGGGCUACGUCAGUGUUCGUAUGAAAAAGGAGCAGCCAAUAUUCGCGAAGCAAAAGAUGAACCUUAACCUUCCGGCCGGUAUUCUGUUUCUUUCGGUGCAAAACGAUUGGGUAAUUAUACUGAUGACUAAUCUGACGAUACUGCGGAUGAACAUCAAGCAGCCGGAUAAGUUCACGGAGGUACCGAUCGAUAAGCAGAUCGGUGGCUUGAAGCCUGUCAGUCUGUUUCUGGAUCCGCUGGGGGCACAUCUGUUUAUAACGCUCGCACCCAAAUCGACGAAUUUUUCGCCCGAAGUGCUGUACUUGCAGCGGAACAGUUUCAAGCCGAAGUUUGUUUCGAAGCUUAAAGAUCAGGAAAUAACAGCAAUCGGAUUUAAUUAUUCCAACAAUUCGGAGCUUAUGACCGGACCGAUUCUGCUGGGCACCAUCAAAGGCGCUAUUUAUGAAGCAGAUAUCGGAAUCGACACGGGAGAUAAGUUGGUUCAACAGACUGUUCGGCAUGUUUUUGACGUUGGCACCGGUGGCGAUAGUCGUCCGAUCACCGGUAUAGAGUUUCACAUGCGGCAGGAUCAGCGAAAUUUGCACUGCAUUAUUCUGGUGCUGACGCUGGAUAGAAUUUACACGUUUCAUGAAACUAUCCGGCAUGCUGAGUCUAAGAUGACAUCCGGACACUUGCAGAAAGUUUUUAACUCUUAUUUGAACAUACCGGAGCAGCUGAACGAUUUCGAGCAUGUGGCCAGUAAGCUAAACUACUCGAAGCUGCAGUUCAAUUAUGAGGAAGAUUUUCCGAAAAGCUUCGGCUGUCUGACGGAAGACGGGAUCAAUUUUCAGGAGAUCGAUCCGAAAAUGGAUACACCGCAGUUUGUGGUACAGAAGGAGUUGAUUCCCUAUCCGGCGCAGGAGGACGGUGUUCCGCAAGCGGCGGAAAAUGCCUACAAGGUGGUGCCGAAAAGCAACAUACCGUUGUCGUUUGUGCUAACCGAUUUUCACGCGAUUCUACUGUACGCGGACCAGGUAACGGCCAUUUCGCUGCUCAACUAUCAGGUCGUUUACGAGGAGUAUUUUGUGGAGCAGUACGGCAAGCUGGCUAACGUGGUGAAGGAUGUGCGGUCCAAUGUGACGUAUGUGUACAGUAAUAAGAUGAUCUUUCGUUAUAAGAUCUACAACGAGCAGCGCAACGCUUGGCGUUUGUACGCCGAUCGGCAAAAGUUUGACCUGGCCCUGCAGUACUGCAACGACAAUCCGGCCCACCGGGACAUGGUGCUAGUCAAACAGGCUCAGUCCUAUUUCGAUGUGGGUGAUUACCUGGAGGCAGCCCGAAUCUAUUCCAAUACUCAGCUGAGCUUCGAAGAGGUCUGUUUGCGGUUCCUGCAGCGCAAUCAGAAUGAUGCCCUAAUGCUGUAUUUGAAGAACCGACUGGCGAAACUGAAUCCAAAAGAGAAAACUCAGAUUACGAUGCUGAUUGUGUGGCUGGUGGAGCUGUAUUUGAUUGAAAUUUCACGUUGUGCUGGGGAUAAUGUGGAACAGGAGCGGAGGCUGCAGAAAGAGUUCGACGCUUUUAUGCAAACGGCUGUGGUGAUCGAUUGCAUGAAGAAGAACCGAUCGGUCAUCUACGAUCUGAUGGCUUCCCAUGGGGACAGUCACAAUUUAACCGCGCUAACAACAAUUCAUCAGGACUACGAAAGUGUGAUUCAACAGUACGUGAAUCAGGCUCGAUUUGAGGAUGCUCUUUCAGUGCUGAGAGCACAGAGUCGCCAGGAGUUGAUUUACAAGUAUGCACCGGUUAUGAUGGAGGAAUUGCCGGCGGAGACGAUCAACGUCCUGAUCGUCCAGGGUAAACGGUUGGAUCCGAUUAAACUUAUUCCUGCCUUGCUCUAUUUGGAUAGCCCGAAGCAUGUGGCCGAAAUUGUAAAAUAUUUAGAAUUCUGCAUCCAUUCCACCGGUUGUUCCGAACCGGCAAUCCACAACUAUUUGAUUCAACUGUACAGCGAACACUUCCCGGAAAAGUUGUUGACAUUUUUGGAGACUCAAGGCAAGGACAUUACGAUGGUUAGCUACGAUGCUCAUUAUGCGCUGCGGAUUUGUUUGAAACGUGAGAUUAAGGAAGCGAGCGUUUUCCUACAGUGUUUGCUUGAAAUGUGGGUCCCAGCGGUCGAACUAGCUCUAACGUUUGACAUUCAGCUGGCCAAGGCAACUGCAUCGCAGUCACGGGACAGAAAUCUUCGCAAAAAGUUAUGGCUAAUCAUUGCCGAGAAAGAGAUCCAUGGCAAGCAUGAAAACGUCCAGGAAGCACUGAAAAUCUUGAAGGAAUGUGAUCUGCUCCGGAUAGAGGAUCUGCUGCCUUACUUCUCCGACUUCCAGAAGAUCGAUCACUUUAAGGAAGCCAUCUGUGAAUCGUUGAAGGAGUACAACAUCAAGAUUCAGGAGCAGCGCAAAGAUAUGGAAGAAUCGGCCAAAUCGGCGGAACGGGUACGUUCCGAGCUGCAAUCGUUUCGCAAUCGGUCCGUUACGAUUGGCGCUCAGGAGCAGUGUGCAAUCUGCGGAGUUUACUUGCUGUUGAAGCCGUUCUUCAUAUUCCACUGUGGUCACAAAUUUCAUGGGGAUUGUCUCGAAAGGCAACUGCUACCACAGCUUAGUUUCGAAGUUGUCAAUCAUCUGAUGAGCUUAAAGCAACAGUUGAAUGCUGCACAGAACCAGCCAGUUGAUACGGGGAGCCACCUUGGGGACACAAUGUCCAGCAAGGAGCAUUUGAAGAAUCAGAUUGAAGACAUCCUAGCGUCCGACUGUUUGUACUGCGGGGAAGUUAUGAUCAACACCAUCGAUCGGACGUUUAUCGAAAACUGGGAAAAGGUGGACAGCGAUUGGCAGUGAAGACAUGGUUCCGUUUGUUAGUCGUGCGGUUGCAUCGCUGGAUAUUGUUUCCAUAUUAAUGUAUAACUAUUUAUCAAUACAGUGCAUGUAGUGCGAUCCCAGCUUAGUGGUACGCCUAACAGUCCCAUUUUGUUUGAAAUUCCUGGAUAGAUGGAACUAUUACACGUAGCUAACACGGACGAAUAUGUAGUGGUCCUAAAAGUUUCCUGAGUAAUUGUAUUCAACCUUAUGCAAUUUUAUUAGUACGCAACAUCGAUUAAA